AUGGCUGGUUCAAUCAUUGAUAAUGCAGCUAUAUACAAGAAAACCUUUACAUAUAUACCAGCAACACCACCUUCGGAGCUCAUCGAUUCUACUAACUAUACGUUAAACUUCGUGAAACGUAAGUUUAUACAUAUUGGGAUCGAUCCGAGUGAUAUGUUCAGAGUAGCAGUGCAUAUAAUAACUCCGUCACGAUAUGUUAAUAUUUCAACUGACUUUCUAAAACGGAUAUUUUCACUGAUGGGUAAUAUCCUUUCAUUUAUUUUGGAGCAGCAUGGGAAAUAUAAAAGAACCAUAUUUCUCGAAACAGAGAAUUUCAAAUUAUCAAGCAUGAUGUAUAGCGGGGAAAACACCUUAGUAAUAGAGUCAAAGAUACAAGAUGGAUGUCGAGUUCUUUUAAAUCGUGUGGAACUCAUACGACUUCAAUACUUGGAAUGGUGUAUUUUUGAAACAAUUAUACGAAAAUCAACUAUUAUGCAGCCAAUCAUUUUAAAUCAAUUUGAAAUAUUUACUGAAUAUCUGGAUAGAGAACUUACUAAAGUGGAAUCACCACCAACAACGAGUGAAGAAAUGGUUAUAUUUAUCAAUAAUUUACGUGAUGAUCAUAUUAUUACAAACAGUCCUAAACAUGAUAUUAAUUUCAUUAGUCAAAUCAAAAUGUAUGCAUUUCCACAAUUAGCUGAACACUCGAUACAACGGUGGAAUAGGGAAAGGUCACCAAAGUUAUUUGAUGCGACAUUGAUUUCAUCAACCUCACCAAGUUUUUCACCAUCAAACAAUAUCAUGAUAGGGGAUGCAUUCGAGGUGCAAAAAGAGAUAGAAGAUAUUUCUAAACUAAAGUCAUAUGAUACAAUUGAAAGAGUACUACAGUCAUUCGAUGUUAACGAUGGUCCCGAUUUUUUCAACAUACAACCCACACUUCCUCAAAAUGAAACAACGUAUGCACACUUCCCAAGACCAUUAUAUGGAAUGAAAAGAGCAAACUCUUUCUAA